AUGGCCAAGACAGAAAAUAUGUCUUUUUUCAACAAUGACCUUGAACUUGCACAACUUAACCUGGGUCAAGAUCAUGACACACCCUCAGGUCAUAAGCAAUCUUAUGUGAAUUGCUCAGAACUCAACCAGUUCUCCAGUACAGAAUCAGAACUCAACAAGUCCUCCAGUACAGAAUCAGAACUCAACCAGUUCUCCAGUACAGAAUCAGAACUCAACAAGUCCUCCAGUACAGAAUCAGAACUCAACCAGUUCUCUAGUACAGAAUCACAACUCAAAAAGUCCUCCAGUACAGAAUCAGAACUCAACAAGUCCUCCAGUACAGAAUCAGAACUUAACAAGUUCUCCAGUACAGAAUCAGAACUCAACAAGUUCUCCAGUACAGAAUCAGAACUCAACAAAUUCUCCAAAACAGAAUCAGAACUCAACAAGUUCUCCAGUACAGAAUCAGAACUUAACAAGUUCUCCAAUACAGAUUCAGAACUCAACAAGUUCUCCAAAUCAGAACUCAACAAGUCCUCCAGUACAGAAUCAGAACUUAACAAGUUCUCCAAUACAGAAUCAGAACUCAACAAGUCCUCCAGUACAGUAUCAGAACUCAACAAGUUCUCCAGUACAGAAUCAGAACUCAACAAGUUCACAAGUUCUCCAGUACAGAAUCAGAACUCAACAAGUUCUCCAGUACAGAAUCAGAACUCAACAAGUCCUCCAAUACAGAAUCAGAACUUAACAAGUUCUCCAAUACAGAAUCAGAUCUCAACAAGUCCUCCAGUACAGAAUCAGAACUCAACAAGUUCACAAGUUCUCCAGUACAGAAUCAGAUCUCAACAAAUCCUCCAGUACAGAAUCAGAACUCAACAAGUUCACAAGUUCUCCAGUACAGAAUCAGAACUCAACAAGUUCUCCAGUACAGGAUCAGAACUCAACAAGUUCACAAGUUCUCCAGUACAGAAUCAGAUCUCAACAAGUCCUCCAGUACAGAAUCAGAACUCAACAAGUUCACAAGUUCUCCAGUACAGAAUCAGAACUCAACAAGUUCUCCAGUACAGAAUCAGAACUCAACAAGUCCUCCAGUACAGAAUCAGAACUCAACAAGUUUGCCAGUACAGAAUCAAAACUCAACAAGUUCGCCAGUACAGAAUCAGCAUCCUAGUUCCAGGCCAAGUGGACAUAACACUUGGACAAGAUCAUAUUGUUGAAAAGUAA